GACCACCUUCCUUCCUACAUCUAUAAUUCAAUCAACACGGUUACACAAUCUCAUCACUCAACAAUCUCCCUCAUACCACCAACAACCGUCAUCAUGUACCGUCAAGCUUUCGUCCGCAACGCCCGCCUGUUCAGCACUUCGGUGCGCGUCCAGAAGUCCGUCACCGAGUCCGCUGCCGACGCCAUCAAGACCGCCGACAAGACCGUCUCACAGAAGGUCGUCCUUCCGACCAUCGAGGCUGCCGAGAACGCCGCUUCCAAGCUCAAGGAGUCCGCUGGCUUCGCUGCCAAGGACGCUCAGAUCAAAGGCGAGCAAGCUCAGAACGAGGCCGCCAAGCUCGGUGCUCAGGCCCGGGACAAGGCUCAAGAGGUUGCCGGCGAGGCCAAGAAACAGGUCGACCAGGCCACCAAGGCUUAGAGGGACGAUGAACAAUUCCCUUGGAUGAGAUCUGAUCGAAGAUCGAAAACAAACUGAAAAGGAUUUUGCAGCAGCACUGAAGAAGCAACAUGGCGCUACCUCGCCUUCAACGCCACAUCUUGCGAAGAGUAUCAGAGAACUUCCGAUGUUGCAGCACUAAAUCAUCAUGUGUAAUGUCUUUAUUUAGCGUUUUUGGAAGUAUACCUGUAUAAUCAUGCUUCAAAAGUCUGAA